AGAAACUUUUGUUUUGAUUGCUCAUCACAAUACCUAAAAUUUAAAAUUUCAUUAAUAUCCCAAUUUUAAUCGAAUUAAGACGUAAAAUAAUAGUUAUGGAGUAUGUAUUUUGUGGAAUUAAGUUUGCUGAGCCUCGCAAUUACGAGAAGAUUCGUGUGGACAUCAAUUUUAAUGAAAAUUCAGUGACAUUAAAGGAGAAAAUUCAAAAAGAUAUUUUAAAAACAAAGGAUGAAAUUUCUUUGAUCUUCUGUGGCAAUGAACUGAAUGAUGACGAGCCUAUAAAUAAGUAUAAUUUGCGUACUGGAUCUACAGUUCAAGUUUUAAGGAGAAUUAUUGAGAUCCCACCAAAAGAAUUUACAACAAAAUUCACGGAAAUGGAUGUCUCUCGUGUCAGUUCCUUAUUUAGAGGCUUAAAUUCCGGAAACUUUCAUAAAAUAUCAAGACCGGAAGUUAUUCAGCAAAUUUAUAAGAAACAUCCAGAACUACAAAGAGACAUUAUAGCUAUGAGCUUUUUAAAGGAUCCAAUUCUUUUAUCGACUCUCCAAAAUCCAGAUACUGUCCGUAAUAUGGCUGAAAAUCAUCGCAUGCUAGUUGAAGCUGCUGAAACAAUCUGCAAAGCAUUAAGAUCAGUUAAAGCGACAGCAGCUGAGCCACAAAUGCCAAUUAGACGUAGCUUUGAGGACCUUUCUGACUCAUCAUCAUCGUCUGGAUCUGAAAACUUGCCAAGAGCAUCAACAUCGAAUGCAGCAAAUAUCCGAAUUACAACUGACUUUCUACGACAAAGUCUUGAACAGGCUCGACAGAAUCAAAACUCAUUGGAAAAUAUAUCUCAAAGGAAUUUAAGUCAAAGCAGUUCCAUUUCUCCAUCAAGUUCCUCAUCAUCAGUUCCAAAUAGACGUAAUAUAAUAUCCAAUUCAAUGGUAAUGAGUGCUAUUGAUGAAGUUUUGAGAGCACGUAGAUCUGAGACUGAUAUUUUAGCAAGGGAACCAAGUGUUUCGUCCACAGCAUCCUCAAAUGUUGAAAGUCAGCCAACAGAAGUGGCCCAAGAACAAAUUGAAGAGCCAGAAAUUGAAAGAAUGGAAGAUGAAGACAAUAGUGAACGUGAUGCUCGUGAUAUAGAAAUGAUAACAAGUUUCCAAACUCAAUUGAGACAGAUGGAAGACAUGGGUUUGUCUAAUAAGGCUGCAAAUAUCCAGGCAUUGAUGGUAUGCAAUGGAAAUUUAGAGGCUGCUGUGAAUUUAGUGCUUGCUGAAAUGAAUAUGAGCUAGAUUGUUUAUUUUUUAUUGAUUAAUUUAUUAACUUGUCAUGUUUUUCAAUAAUAAAGUAUGAACACCCUGUAUUGUACCCAAGUGUUUGAGGAUCCAUAUUUUCU